AUGCUCCUUAAAACUUUAACUGUGUCUGCCUUAAUGUUAAUGUUUUUAAACCUAACCAAUAUAUCUUGUGAAAUUCGAUAUGUUUCGCAUAAAAAUUGCAAUAAUGCGCGUAAAGGCACUAUCAUAGCAAAUCCUGGCAAUUGUAGUCAAUAUAUUGUCUGCAAUGGUUUGCGUUCAACUUUGGGUGAAUGUCCACAAGGACAAUAUUUCAAUGAGGACAUGUUAUCGUGUGAUAAAAACCCCAUACAAUGUCGUGAGAAAAUCCAGCCCACUACUGCUGUUAAUUCUUCUUUACAAGAAGACAAAUUAAAGGAAAAAGAAAACGAGAAUUAUAAGCAAAAUAUAGCUGCUUUAACUCAUGAGUGCUCUUCCUUACAAGAUCAUAACAUUGCUCAAUCCCUCAAUUGUGUGUACUAUUAUCAGUGUGUUCGUGGCGUUUUAAGUCUUAAACGUUGUCCCUUUGGUUUGGCCUGGCAUUGGAGGAAUCAGCGCUGUGUGCCAAAAGCUAAGGCAGUUUGUUAUACUCAUAUUUAGUACUUAAGUUGUGUUUGUCUUAAUGAAUUUUGAAU